CCCGAACUAAACAAACAAAAACUUUAGGGAAACCAAACCAAAGCAAACCAAACCCAGGCAUCACCAGGAUGCUACGGAGCCCAUCUUGACUGACUUCUUCUUGGGGCACGGAGUUUAUGAAGUUUGAAAAAGAUUAAUUUCCAAAUUAUAGGAAAGACUGAGGGAGGGCCGCUGGAGAAGCUGCGGUUCAUCAGAACAGAGAAAAGGGGAGACGCUUAUUUUGGGAAAUCCUAUAGACGAAAUUAUCAGGCAUCACGCCAAUGGUUUCCAUUGCCUGAGAGUGGACUUUGCAGCAUUAGAGUGGGGAAAUGUGGAGUUUCGUAAGCUUUUGUCAUAGAAAUGACUUCAAUGUCUCUAGGUCCCCCCUCCCUUCAUUUGAUAUCGCGUUGAUCAAUUACCAAGCAGACUUUAGAGUACUUAAUUAGCGCUGUGUGUCCAACUUAAUUAGUGCUGUGUGUCCUUCCUUUAGGGAUUGGUAGUUCUGUGAGAGGAGGCAAUGUUAGGGUGUGGGGAGCUAAUGAGGUUAAAACUGCCCAUGCAAAUUUAACAGUAUAUGUUCCUGGAAAUUUUAUGUACCUGAAGUUAGAACAAAGUGGCAUGUUUCGUUAUCGCUAGCAGGAUGACUUUUGUGUGCAUGCAAGUGUUGGCUAAAGUUAAAACUCUGAAGCAAUCAGUUCAUGUAGAAACUUCGAAGAUUUGCUGCAAUCUCUUAGGAGAGCUUCUCAAUGAAUAUCUUUAAACGUAGUAAAUUGACUCGUGGGGAGAUUGGGUGGGGUGGAGGAGUAAAGAAAAAAUUAAAAAGAAGAAUAGGCAGUUGCUUCACGGAGGCGCCAAGCUCUUUCCUGUUUACUUCGAGGCCUGGCGGCCCACACCUCUGACCAGACCCUCAGCACACCUGCUCACAGGGAGUUAUUAAUAGAGCCCAGAAAAUGACUUACUUGUCAAAUGGCCCUCCUACAAAGCUACUUUCUUGCAAGGCAAUGAGAAGGUGGGCUGAUCUCUUUGAGUGGUGUGUGUGUGUGUGUGUGUGUGUGUGUGUGUGUGUGUGUGUGUGUGUGUGUUGUGUGCGUGUGUGUGUCUCGGGGUAUGCAUGUCUGCACUGUACCAGAACUGGAAGUUGGUGACUUUUGUGAGAAGAGGCCCUUAGCUGGUGGCUGCUGUUUCUCGGAGGCCUCUCCAGCCAAGGAAAAACUACAUAAAAAAGCAUCGGAUUGCUUGCUGACCUGGCCUUGCUGUAACUGAAGGCUCGCUCAACCUCGCCCUCUAGCGUUUGUCUGGAGAAGUACCACCCCGGGCUCCUGGGGACACAGUUGCGGCUAUGGUGUCCUCCACCAGCAUCCCAGUGGUUAAGGCUCUCCGCAGCCAAGUCUCCGACUAUGGCAACUAUGAUAUCAUAGUCCGGCAUUACAACUACACAGGCAAGCUGAACAUCGGAGUGGAGAAGGACCAUGGCAUUAAACUGACUUCAGUGGUGUUCAUUCUCAUCUGCUGCUUGAUCAUCCUAGAGAAUAUAUUUGUCUUGCUAACUAUUUGGAAAACCAAGAAGUUCCACCGGCCCAUGUACUAUUUCAUAGGCAACCUAGCCCUCUCGGACCUGUUAGCAGGAGUGGCUUACACAGCUAACCUGCUGUUGUCUGGGGCCACCACCUACAAGCUCACACCUGCCCAGUGGUUUCUGCGGGAAGGAAGUAUGUUUGUGGCUCUGUCUGCCUCAGUCUUCAGCCUCCUUGCUAUCGCCAUUGAGCGCUACAUCACCAUGCUGAAGAUGAAACUACACAACGGCAGCAACAGCUCGCGCUCCUUUCUGCUGAUCAGUGCCUGCUGGGUCAUCUCCCUCAUCCUGGGUGGGCUGCCCAUCAUGGGCUGGAACUGCAUCAGCUCGCUGUCCAGCUGCUCCACCGUGCUCCCGCUCUACCACAAGCACUAUAUUCUCUUCUGCACCACCGUCUUCACCCUGCUCCUGCUUUCCAUCGUCAUCCUCUACUGCAGGAUCUACUCCUUGGUGAGGACUCGAAGCCGCCGCCUGACCUUCCGCAAGAACAUCUCCAAGGCCAGCCGCAGUUCCGAGAAGUCUCUGGCCUUGCUGAAGACAGUGAUCAUUGUCCUGAGUGUCUUCAUUGCCUGCUGGGCCCCUCUCUUCAUCCUACUACUUUUAGAUGUGGGGUGCAAGGCGAAGACCUGUGACAUCCUGUACAAAGCAGAGUACUUCCUGGUUCUGGCUGUGCUGAACUCAGGUACCAACCCCAUCAUCUACACUCUGACCAAUAAGGAGAUGCGCCGGGCCUUCAUCAGGAUCAUAUCUUGUUGCAAAUGCCCCAACGGAGACUCCGCUGGCAAAUUCAAGAGGCCCAUCAUCCCGGGCAUGGAAUUUAGCCGCAGCAAAUCAGACAACUCCUCCCACCCCCAGAAGGAUGAUGGGGACAAUCCAGAGACCAUUAUGUCUUCUGGAAACGUCAAUUCUUCUUCUUAAAACCGGAAGCUGUUGAUACUGUUGAUUCUGGCUUCAUCACUCACUACCCUAGCAUUUCAAAAACAUCUCUCUUUCUCCACUGCUGCAAGGAAGAAGCAGCCGGGAGCCUGAGAGAGGGAGGGAAGGGAGAAUGUGCGGCUUGGUGAUACCAUGUUGUAGGUAGGUUAUGAUUAUGAACAAUGCCCUGGGAAGGGUGGAGAUCAGGUCUGGCCUGCAGAGGGUUUCCUGCCCCCACCCCUUUCCCCAAUACCCCGGAGCUUUGAUUUUGCACUGAGCCAAAGGUCUAGCAUUGUCAAGCUCCCAGAGGGCUCAUCUGGCCCCUCCUCAAAGACUAAGGUCCCAAGAGAAAGUGUCCCGUGAGUUUUGAGAUGUGCUCUCUCACUGUAAUGACAAAGUGAAUAUGUGCCCUUUAGCUUGGUUGGGUGGUGUGCACGUCCCCACCCUCCAUUUCUUCUCAUCCUGUCUCCCCGCCCCACCCCUUCUUCAUAUUCUUUUACUUUAUAUCUUAACUGCCUGAUCUUUGUUCAUCAGAAGGAGGUUGUAGAGGGGUGUAUUCCUUGAUUGUCUCUAACUAGCAGGCUGUUGACUGGGAAGACUGUUUGCUGAGGCCAAAGUUUCCAUGGAAGGUGGAUCAAGUUGUCCGGGAUUUGGUAGGCUGUCUUUAAGAUGAAAAUGUAUUGUUCCUUAUUCCUCAUGUGUUCCUUAUUUCCAUUACAACCACAUUGGACAUGUGUUUGUAAUGGAAAUAACGAAGUCUACUCUAUUUGUAAUUAUAUUGACCAGGAUCUUAGGAGAUAUGGGUAAAGAAAAAAAAUGAGGUGAAAUCUGAGGGUUACUUGUGUAAAACAAGAGCUGUUGCUUGAUGUCUUUCUCUAACCCCUACGAGCAUCUUUGGCACUUUUAUUGGUUAUUUCAGAGUGUUGUGUGAUCUGUGUCAACCAACUGGUUGUAUUUUGUUUAAAGAGCAGUUUCUGAUUUUCGAAUGUACUUGCUUCUUUGAGGUCAUUUUAUUGAAUUUCUUCCUAACCUGUGUUAACACCAUUGAAUGUGUAGUUCUUAAGAAAAUGCCUCCCUUUGUACCCAAAAAAGCAUUACUUUAACUGACAGGGAACAUCAGAAAUUCUUUUCUUCAGUUGUCCUUAGGUAUUGACCCUGGAUGUAAAUGAUACAGAGAAUAAAAAUAUAUUACUGUCUUUUUAGUAUUGUUUUCAGUGCAAUUAAACCAAGAAAUGUCUUUUUUUUAAAAAAAAAAUAGUAUUUAAUAGGUUCCUGACUUUGGUGUGUCAUUUUGCACAUAGCUUUAUCAACUUUUAAACAUUAAUAAACUGAUUUUUUUAAAGA